AUGGUGGUAGAUAGUCAAUAUCAACAUUUGAUUGCCUGGAAUUAUACAGGUUCCUCUUUUAUUGUGUGCAAUAUCAUGGAGUUUUCCCGGGAUGUUCUUCCAAAGCAUUUUAAGCAUAAUAAUUUCUCAAGUUUCGUGCGACAGCUCAACAUGUACGGAUUCCACAAGGUUAACAAAUCCCCGCGUGGACAUCGAACUCUAGCAGAGAACCAGAUUUGGGAAUUUUCACAUCCGAAAUUUCUUCGUAAUCGAUCUGAUCUCCUUGACGAUAUCAAGCGCAAG